AUGUAUUCUAUAACUUCAGAUGAAAGUACUAUUAAAGCAUUUUAUGACUUAAUAGACUACACUGAAUUUAGUCCUAGAUUUACUAUCUUACUCCCCAGGGCUGGAUAUACACAAACUUAUUUAUUUAUGGAAAAAAACAAAGCUAUAUUAUGUUCAGAAGAUGACCAUGAAAGCAUCAUCAAGUAUGAAGAAGUUUUAAAUUUUAUUCGUGAAUAGUAAAGAAUUAUUUAUUUUAAGACAUAAAUAAGUUUAUGUAAAAAAUAAAAUUAAGAAAUUCAUUGCCAGAUAGAGAGUCAAACAAACCUACUUCAGUGAAUUCUUAUAGAACAUGCAGUAAACAUGAUUUACUACAGUUAAAUUGUUUGUUAC